GUGGAGCCGGUAAGAGAGACCGGUACGUCUCUUUACCACGUAAGACCGCCACGUUAAAACGGAUUUAUCGUUCGCGACGAGUCGUCAUCAUGGAGAGACACCUCUCCCUUCCUAUUCUCUUUCUCUCUUUCUUUCUCCUCCUCCUUCUCCUCCUUCUCCUCGUUCUCCUCUUCCUCCUUUUUCUCCUCUUCUUCCUCUUUCUCUUUCUCUUUCCUUUCUCGAUCGGUCGACCGGACAAUUGAGGAGUCAGUGCUCAACGACCUCGCGAAACGUUUCACGCACGGAUACGGGCGUUUCUCUUCCCGGUAUCAUCUCCUUAUCUUCUUAUUAUUUCUCUUUCUCUUUUCACAGUUUAUAAGUACUUUUUAUCGUUUUUUUUCUCUCUCUUUUUCUCUUUCUCUCGGUCGAAAGAGAGAGAAAGAGAGAGAAAGAAAGAGGGAGAGAGAGAGAGAGAGAGAGAGAAAACGGCGAUUCAUUUGGUAGUAAAAAAUCGUGGGUGGAAGUGAGACAUGUCGGUGGAGACAAGUGGAAACGUGCCACGUUGGUCGGACAUGGUUUUCUCGAUGUCAUCUCGAGGAAGCACAUGGACGUUCAGAGGACGCCUUGCGUAUUGUUUCUCGAAGAUCGGUUCUAAAAUCGAUGAAAGAACAUGAUAGUUUUUGACUGAUGAUGAUAAUGGUAAUAAUGAUAAUGAUAAUGAUAAUGAUAAUGAUAAUGAUAAUGAUGAUGACGACGACAACGACGAGGACGACGAGGUCGAUGAUAAUUUAUACGAGACUCGCAUGACCGACCGGCGUUUACUCUGAAGGAUCUCGGAAAAUGCCGGUAUAAGGCAAAAGAAAAAGAGGAGGAAGAUGUUGAGGUGGAGGAGGAGGAGGAGGAGGAAGAGGAGGAGGAGAAGGAGAAGGAAAAAGAAGAAGUGAAGUCGAGCACAACGUCCGGGGCGAGCGCCGCUCCUGACGUCGAAAAUUCCUCGCUCGGAGGCAGUUAAACGUCUCGUAAAUCUUAGACGAUCGCGCAUACGCGAAUAUAGGAUGUUGAGAUAUAACUUUGCUUCGGAGUCGCUAAUAUCGUCCAUGGCGAGCAUAUAUAUCUACGUAUGUAUAAACGGUGGUCCGGUAGAAAAGGACGUAUCCUCGAACAUCGUUAUUCGUUCUUGAAAGGAGGUGUCUCGAUCAAUCAUUCGAGAUAUAACUUUAUCGUGAUCUUAGAAUAUUGUUAUCAUCGUACGAUGUCAGUGGUGAAUCGAGAAGUACAUUGUGCGUGAGUGCUCAAGUUCCAUUCCCAAGAAAUCGGCGUGAGCAUGUUGUUGUGAGAGUAUCAACCACUCAAGAUGGAUGGAUACGUCACUUGGAGGAGAAGACGAACAGCUUUGCGAGCUGCCGAGGUGAAUGGAAAAGGAAAGAAGAUGAAAAAGAAGAAGAAAAAGAAGAAGGAGGAGAAGAAGAAGAAGAGGCGGAAGAAAGAGAAGAAGGAAAUAAAAAAAAGGGAAGAAAACAUAAGAGGCUCGUGGCGCAAGGAUCCACUUUCGCGGGACAAAAGGGACUUUAUUACGAAGAGGCUGCUUGCGACAGACGAGAGAACAGGAGGGUGGAGAAGGGCCGAGGAGGGAGAGAUCGUUUCUGGAAUCGGACCGGCCGAUCGAUAUAAUCAGACGGUAGAAGAGAACUGUUCGGUGACCGUCUGGAUAUACAGGGUGAGAAGUAUCCUCCAGGUUCCUCGACUUCGAUCCAGACGGCUACGCAAGCUCUGCGGAUGAAAAGAAGGAAGGAAGGAAGAAAGGAAUAGAGGACAGACGGACGGACGGACGAACGAAUGGACGGAUGGAUGAAAGGAAGGAAGGAAGGAAGGAAGGAAGGAAGGAAGGAAGGAAGGAAGGAAGGAAGGAAGGAAGGAAGGUAGAAAGGAAGCAAAAGGGGUGCACGCAUGACCCUGAACCCAACCACCACGCCAUCCUAUACAGGGGUGCGAAGCAUGGAAAAGGAUAGAGAAAGGGAGGAGGGUGAAACGAAACAGAGAGAGAAAGAGAGAGAGAGAGACGAUGUGGAGGAAGAAGGGGAAAUUACACGUACACAUACAACAUAAACGCACGCGGACGCAUACAGAUACGUAUACUCUAGGGGUGGAUUGGAAGAGAACGAAGAGAGAGUGAGAGAGAAAGAGAGAGGGACUCCGCCGAGGAGAGAGUACAGUCCUCGGGAUCAAUACUCCCGCGUCUUGCGAUCAUUCAUCUUGCCACGCCCCUCUGCUCUCUCCACACACACACACACACAC